CAGAUAUAUCCCAUAUCACACGAAAAAAUAUUCACGUGAUCAAACUUUGAAAGAAUCUCAUGACUGAAUGAUAAUAUUUCUCUGUGCUCUUGUAUGCCCCUUGUUUGACAUCCUGUAAGGAGGUUAUGUUGUAGCACUAUGGUUGUAAAUCUUUUGCUUCCUAUGCUGCUGGUUGUGCAAGGAUGUCAGCCUCAUCAUUAACUGAUCACAAACAUGUGGACUACUGUAGUUUUGACAAUUACUUUGAUACUUCAUAUGAGUUAUGGAGCGCCACCUGCAGAUGAAAUUAAAUACAUGCCAGGACUACACAAGCAGCCAUAUUGGAAACAGUACUCUGGGUAUUUGAAUGCUACUGGAACAAAACAGCUACAUUACUGGUUUAUACAGUCAGCUAAUAAACCAUCAGAAGAUCCUCUGGUUCUGUGGAUGAAUGGGGGACCAGGAUGUAGUUCUGAUUUAGGUUUACUCUCAGAACAUGGACCUUUUAGGAUUGGUAAAGAUGGAGCUAGUGUUACAUAUAAUCCACACAGCUGGAAUAAUGUAGCCAAUAUGAUUUAUCUGGAGGCUCCAGCGGGGGUAGGAUUCUCUUACUCGCAAGAUAAAAACUACACAACAGAUGAUGAUCAAGUGGCACUAGACAAUCACAUGGCAUUGAAAAAUUUCUUCAAAAAGUUUCCGGAAUAUGCCAAAAGUGAUUUUUAUAUAACUGGUGAAAGCUAUGGCGGUAUUUAUGUUCCAACACUGUCUGCCAGAGUUGUUGAUGAUACUGCUAUCAACUUCAAAGGCUUUGUUGUAGGAAAUGGUUUAUCUGAUGACAGUAUGAAUUCUGAUUCUCUCGUUUACUUCGCCUAUUAUCAUGGAUUGAUAGGGGACAGUUUGUGGGAUGAUUUAUCAAAGUACUGUUGUCAGGGUAACAUGACAAGGUGUGCAUUUUCACAGAACAGAGGAAAGGAGGAUUGUGGCAAAGCUUUAGGUCCUGUAAUGGAGGUUGUGUAUGGCAGUGGUUUAAAUGAGUAUAACUUAUAUGGUACAUGUGAAGGUGGCAUUGGCAUCUAUUUUGAUGAAGAGUCGAAUAAAGUGGCAUUCACACAUCAGAAGUGGCAAAUGAAAAAUAAUCCAUUUCUUUCCCAGAAAAUGAAGUUUAUCCAAGACUUCACAGAUGUGGAAAAUCACCUCAGACUAACACCUCCAUGCCUGAACUACAGCAAUGUUGUCAAGUACAUGAACACUGCUGAAGUUAGGAAACAAUUACACAUACCUGAUACUGUACAAAAGUGGGAUAUCUGUAGUGCGGUUGUAGGAAUGGGAUAUAAGCAUAUAUAUUCCUCAGUGGAUAAACUAUAUCAGAAGGUCUUGUUAGCUAAGAAAAAAGUCAUGGUGUAUAAUGGAGAUAUAGAUAUGGCUUGUAAUUUCCUUGGAGAUGAGUGGUUUGUGGACAGUCUCAAUCAAAAGUUGGUGACAGAAAGAAAAGCUUGGCAUUACACACCAGAGGGCACCACCAGUAAACAAGUUGCAGGAUUUGUAAAACAUUUUGAAGAUUUAACAUUUGUUACUGUCAGAGGAGCAGGUCACAUGGUUCCCACAGACAAACCACAACCAGCACUGAUUAUGAUCACCAACUAUUUGCAAGACAUACCUUUCCAGUAAUUGAUGACAUGUGAUAAAGUUAUGACAUUACAUUCCUGUAUACAGGCCUAGAAGAGACAUUGCUCAAUGUGCUCAUGAACUUUAAAAAGAAUAUUUGAAUAUAUGAUAGAAAAAAAUGCAAUUUUGUAUAAAUACCCAGGUCACCCUCGUUUUUUUCAUCAUAUGAGGUUGGUAAGGAAUCAAAAAGUAGAAAUUAUAAGCAAAGGGUAUUUAGAAAAUUGAUGGCUAUUAUAAUAUUUGACAUUAUCUUAUAUGAGAAAAAUAAGCAAAAGGGAAUAACUGUGAAAUCCGUUUUGAUUGAUCUUAUGAAGUGUCUCAGUUUCUGUAUAAUGUGUUCACUUUUUUUAAAUGUUAAGACAGUGUGGGAAAACCAAUAGAAAAUAAACAAUAUUUACACAACAUGCUUCAAAAUACUAUAGUUUACAGAUUAGUCCAUUCCAUUAGAGACUGGUCUAUUCAUCAUUACUGUUAAAAUUAGUUUUUGACUUAAUUUCCAAUAUUGUUUUUUGAA